AAAAGGGAGGGAGGACGAGGAGAGAGAGAGAGAGAAAGAGAGAGAGAGCCGGGGUUACGGGAGUUUGCUGUCAAGGAAAAAAAAAAGAAGGGAUUUGAUGUGUUUGCCUGUGGAUGCGCGGCAUCCUGAAGCAAUGUGUGUGGGGGCAGUGUGAGGGUACCCCAAGGUGGGGCGGUGGUAAAGGCAGCGACGAUUGCCUUCCCCUCCCACCCUCGACGUCCCCCGAGGCGCCGCUGGCCGCCCCCAAAGGACGUCGAGGGGGCGCGUCGUCGCCGCCCCGCCCUGCUCCCGCCCAUCAGCGCCGCCACUUAAACGCCGCCGGUGCUGCGCCGAGCCAGUGCGGUGCUGGGAGCUGGUGGCACUGAGCGCUUGCUGGUUAGCCCCCUCUCGCUUCAAAAUGACCGUGAAAGCAGCCGAGGCGUCUGGUCCGACCUUGACUUACUCGAAGAUGAGGGGAAUGGUGGCCAUCCUCAUCGCUUUCAUGAAGCAGAGAAGAAUGGGACUAAACGACUUCAUUCAGAAGAUAGCCACCAACUCCUAUGCAUGCAAGCACCCUGAAGUUCAGUCUAUCUUGAAAAUCUCUCAGCCUCAAGAGCCUGAACUUAUGAAUGCUAAUCCUUCUCCUCCGCCCAGUCCUUCACAGCAGAUCAAUCUUGGCCCCUCAUCCAACCCACAUGCCAAGCCAUCAGACUUUCAUUUCUUAAAAGUGAUUGGAAAAGGCAGUUUUGGGAAGGUCCUCCUUGCACGGCAUAAGGCAGAAGAGCAUUUCUAUGCUGUUAAAGUCCUGCAGAAAAAAGCAAUCCUGAAGAAGAAGGAGGAGAAGCACAUUAUGUCAGAGCGCAAUGUCUUGCUGAAAAAUGUGAAACACCCCUUCCUGGUCGGGCUUCACUUUUCCUUCCAAACUGCAGACAAAUUGUAUUUUGUCCUGGACUACAUCAAUGGUGGAGAGUUGUUCUACCAUCUCCAGAGGGAGCGUUGCUUCCUGGAGCCGAGAGCCCGAUUUUAUGCUGCUGAAAUUGCCAGUGCACUGGGCUAUCUGCACUCCCUGAACAUCGUUUAUCGAGACUUGAAGCCAGAGAACAUCCUGCUUGAUUCACAGGGGCACAUUGUCUUGACUGACUUUGGACUCUGCAAAGAAAACAUAGAGCACAAUGGCACGACCUCCACCUUCUGCGGCACACCAGAGUAUCUUGCUCCUGAAGUUCUCCAUAAGCAGCCCUAUGACCGGACUGUGGACUGGUGGUGCCUUGGAGCAGUCCUGUAUGAGAUGCUUUAUGGCUUGCCACCCUUUUACAGCAGGAACACCGCGGAAAUGUACGACAAUAUCUUGAACAAACCCUUGCAGCUGAAGCCAAAUAUUACCAACUCAGCUAGACAUCUUCUGGAAGGCCUCUUGCAGAAGGACAGGACAAAGAGACUUGGUGCCAAGGAGGACUUUAUGGAGAUUAAGAAUCACAUCUUCUUCUCCCCAAUUAACUGGGAUGAUCUCAUUAAUAAGAAGAUUACACCCCCUUUUAACCCAAAUGUGAGUGGCCCCAGUGACUUGCGACACUUUGAUCCAGAGUUUACAGAUGAGCCAGUCCCUAACUCCAUUGGCCAGUCCCCGGACAGCAUCCUCAUCACCGCCAGCGUCAAAGAAGCCGCUGAGGCUUUUUUGGGCUUCUCAUAUGCCCCACCUGUGGACUCUUUCUUGUGAACAUUUUUCUUUUAUUAUUUUUAAUAAUAAUAACAACUAUUAUUUUUAUUUUUUGUUUGGCCUUCUGGUGGAACUGCCAGUUGACCAGUCACCUUGAAAGAGAAUUUGCACAUUUCCACCAUGGCAGCUUUGCAGCCUUAAUUUCAACUACACUGUUUGCUGGAAGCUUUUUUGAAGAGCACAUCACUCUCUAAAUGAGCUUUACAGGCUUUUCAUUUCCAUUUGUUCUUCCCCCAAAGUGGUGCUGUCUCCUUGGGAAAGAAAAAACAGAGUGACUGCUGCCAUUGACUGCUAUGGCAGAUCGUAGGAGUAAGAACAAGCUGUUUUGUUGUCAUGCUCGAAAAGCCUUGCCUGAAGAUCUAUCUGAACGUGAUAAGGAUUUUAUGAAAUGUGCCUUUUUUCCGAUGAGAUCUUGUGAGCUCCAAAGCUUUCCCUGUUGCAGAGUGUGUUCCUCAGUUCAUUUAUGUGGGUUUACUAUGUGAACAAAUGGUAUGCGUGUGGUCUGCGUACUACAGAUGGACUUAGUUUAAAGCAUCAGUGUGACACUUGCAGGAUACCACAAUGUGGGGCAUUGUUUGUUUCUUCCAUAUUUGGAAGAUAAAUUAAGUGUAAUUUUGAAAUUUCUUUUGUAAAUCUAUACUGUCAACUAAAAUUAUUGAAAUGGGCUCACAAUUACUUGUAUCCAAAUGCUUGCAGAAAGCAUUGCUGCUAUGAAAAAAGAUUUCUAUUUUUAGAAAGGGUUUUUAUGGACCAAAAUGCCCCAGCUGCAGUCGGUCAAAGCUGUUGGUUUCUUCUUUUUUUCUUUUUUUUUUCUUUUUUUUUUUUAAUAGUUUUAAAGGUAUCAUCUGUAAAAUGGGCAUUAUUUAUGGUCUUGGGGUUUGAGGGAUUUUCAUUCCUGAUUGUAUGUAUUGUAAAAAAAGAUCUGUACAUUCAGUUGUAACUCUAGGUGUAUAUUUAAACUUACAGACUUACUUGUAAUGUAUACCAUCACUGUAAUGUAAUAUAAUUAACAUGGUUAUAUGUAUCAUAUUUUUUGUGACCAGACCCAUAGGUUUGCAGUAAAAUCCUGAAAAAUA